CUAUAAAGAAUGGGACCUGUCUACAUUGGAUUUUAUCAACAAAAGGAUAAAAUUUUUGAGCACUGACGACAUUUAUGUUGUACUUGAAUAUCUUCAUUAUAUAUUCGCAUAUCUACAUACAAAGGCAGAAAAGUAUCGGAUGUACGUGUCGGUAUUGAAAAUAAUAAUUCAGCUAACAGUAGAGGACAUGGAUUGUAUUAUACAAAAGUAUGUGGAUCGGCACUUUGAUGACAAUCCUUUAGAAAGUCUGUACGAUGAAAAAUGCUUCGUGGAAUUCGUAGAUAAUUCUACACCCGGUGAACCUAACAAAGAUACUGAUUCGAUUAGAACUCAAGAAUCGCGUAUUUUGUUAAUCUUUAUUUUGUUAAAUCCGAAGGACGUUUUAAACAAAUUCGUGUUGUACGAGAUAGAUGCAGGAGAUUAUUUCUCCAAUGAUCAUAUAUUCCAUACCAAUGUGUCUUUAGUGCAAUCGUAUUACAGUCUAUGGAGGGGACAGAACAAUCUGUUAAUGUACAUACUGAAGGACAUACUUUUCCAGCAGCGCUCAGCAUUGCACAUACGUUUUAAAUAUUUUCUGAAUGAUAUGAUAAACUAUGAGGUGAUGACUGCGGACGAUAUAAUUAACGAACUUUAUAUUACUUAUCUAAAUGGUGUUGUUAUUGGGAAUUAUUUCAAGAGGUCCACCUUGAUAGUUAUAUUAGUACAUAUCGACAGUAUCGUGAGAAAAAAACGUUACAUGCCCAGAACUAAUUACGUACAACUAAUAACAACUUUGCUGAGGACGAUGUCACUACUAAGGGAAUGCGAACAUUUUUCAAAAACCGUGAUGGAUGAUCCAAUACGUCUCACAGUUAACAUAUUGAGGAGUUUGUUAUCCUCUAAUGUAUUGACAGAUGAGCACCGCAAUGUAAUAUACUUAAACGGCCUGGAGCCGCUUGGGUUGACUAAGAUAUGGCCUGCUAUGACUACAUUGGAAAUAAUCGAAGAAUACGAGGAACGUUGCUUGAUUGUGCAUCAACAAUUACGCAGGGAUCCGCGAUGCCAUCCUAAAUUGCGCAGUUAUGCGCAAUCUUUCAAACUCGAUCGAGAGGCUUAUAUACGUCAUAUGAUAAUGCACAGCUUGGACGUAGAGUAUAAUGUAUAUGCGACCAGUUUGACGGUGACGUUCUUUUCCAAUUUUGGUUGGGCUAACCAAAUGAUUGCGUAUGAAAAUGUAAUGCGUAUCACAGCUGAAACAUCGUUGAUCGCCCUGAUGUAUGUCGAAACGUUUUCCGAGAACAUCUUUCUUCUAAUGUUAUUUGGCAUCGCACAAUUUUCCUGGAACAUCGAAAGUGUGAUACCUCGGGAAGUAGUCCGUCCGAUUUUUCUCAAGACUCUAUCCUCCAUGAAACCUAUAGUUGGUAGAACGCGCUAUGGCUUUAUGUACAAUUAUUUUCUCAAACGUAUUCAAAAAGAAAAUCUAUCUUUACCGACAAAAAUAUAUUUCAAUGAGAUUUGCGGAUGGAUACAUUUACUGCAAUUUAAAUGCGUGCCUCGGAAGCACGCUCUAGACUGCACAAACUGCACUUGUGAUAAAAGUUCAUAUUGCGAAUAUCAUAGUUUCCUUAUUAAGAACAAACUUGCAGCGAAGUAUAACGCAUACUUAUUCGUAUGCGAAUGCAUCAAGUUACCUAUGAUAACAGACACAUUAGACAAAACAGGAAUCCAUCAUUGCUAUGACCGACUACUACGCAAAUUAUGCCGAAAUGACAAAUUAGCGUAGACCUUAUAAGUAUAUGAACUAGCAACAAGUAUAAGAUCGUAUCCGUUACUUUUCUCUGUAAAAGUGGCCGAAAGUACGUUUCGCACACAUCGUGACAUUUCGCUGACACAUAUUAUACAUUGAAUGUAUUCUGAUUUCUGAUACAUACAUUUUCAUUAUGCUCGCAUAAGUUGUAUCACAGCAUCAAUACACCAUAUAUUUCCAUGACAGGCACCAUGUAUACCCAGGUAGAACAUAGAAGCAAAUAAUAUCAUAAUGACGGCAAUUUUUACAUUAUUUGUAACUUAUAAGUGAUAUAAAUAAAGUCAUAUAUGACAUCCUUAUAAUAUAUAACUUUAUAAUGAUAUCAUUAUGACUUUUGUGUUCUAUCUGGAUACUUCUGAAUACUUUGAGAAAAAGAAGUUAAAAAGUGCGUUUCUUUUUCCAAUUUCCUCCCGAUACUUUGUUUCUUUGAAACUGUUGCAGAAAUUGUUGCAAUAGUUAGUCUAUACUUAUAAGGUCUAUGCCAAUUAGUUUCAAUAAAAUAUGAACAAAUAUUUGCGUAUACUGUAUUUGGAAUAAUUUUAUAUAAGAUAAACCGGUACUAUUUUUCCGCAAUGUUUUAAUUAGAAUA